CACAAUUUCGAGCGCGAAUUUGUAUGAACUAAGCUCCCUCUUUCUUUUAGACAGCAUGCUGUUGCGUUAUUCAAGGAAAUGUACUGCUGGUCUGCAGCGGUCUAUUCACACCGCGACAAACGCCAAUUCUCUUUGGGUCUGGGGUCUAAGGUCAAGCCUACCUCCCGUAACUGAAAAUGUUGAAUCCAUCGUGCAACCAAAGCAGAUCAUUGAACCUAUACAGCAUCACGACGGAAAGAUAUGUAGCAUCGCAGCUGGAUGGGGUCAUAGUUUGAUAGCCACUAGCGAUGGAUACUCUUCCACUGUGCAUUCGUACGGUCUCAACCGCAGCGGUCAGUUAGGAAUUGGUAGACAAUCGUUUGAUAGUUGUGAUCGAGGCGUUGCAAUGGUCUCAGACGACCAAAUCAAAUUUCUAGCAGCGGGCCGUGAACAUUCACAUAUUGUAAGCCAAGAUGAACAAGGCCGAACGAAGUUGUUUUCAUUUGGAAACAAUAUGUAUGGCCAAUUGGGCACGGGUAAAAGUAAACACGAUUCGCCAGUGGCAGAGCAAGUAUUAGAAUCAACCCCUGUUCAAGUGGACGGAAUAGAUGGAAAUAUUACGCAUAUAGCAUGUGGAUUAGACAACACGGUAUUAGCUACUGAUAAGAAACAUGUUUACUCAAUGGGCUGGGGACCAGACGGACAACUUGGCUUAGGGCCUGAUUCUUCAAGCGACAGAAGCACCCCAACAUUAGUCCCACUCAUGGAGGGGAAGCACAUUUCCAAAUUAGCAGGAUCCACCGAUUUCAGCCUUGUUUUGACAGAUGAAGGCAAGCUAUGGACCUGGGGAAAUUCCGAAUAUGGUCAAGGGAUGCUUUCUCGAAAAAUUGACAGGAUAUUGGAACCAUUAGAAACUGGCAUUAGUGAUGUGGUUGACAUUGCUGCAGGCGGUCCUUUUUCCAUAAUAUUGAAGGGUAAUGGAGAAGUAUACAGCUGUGGAUAUGGUGCCCUUGGUUUGGGCAAAGGUAUUAUAGAAACCCUAGAGCCGCGGCGAGUGCAGAUCGAUGAAAGGAUCACCAAGAUUUUUGCGGUACAAGAUAUGGCUGCAGCAAUUUCUGAAUCAGGGCAGUUGUACAUUUGGGGCCUUGGUGGCCACGCCGGCCGGUUAGGAUUGGGGCAUUUGGAACAUGUUUUCGUACCUCAAAAAGUGCUUUUUGAUGACUCUCCUAGAAUAGUGCUAGACCUAGCCUUAGGUACCUCCCACGCAAUAUGUAUCUGUUCAUAGGUGCACAUCACUUCAAUCUUUUACUUAUAUUGUGAAUAAUAGAGUCAUUUUUCCAUUAUGUCUUCCCACCUUUUCCGUUCUUUACGAUUGACCACUGUACACUCACUACAC